AUGUAUGGGCUUUGGUACAUGUCACUGUGCUCACGAUUCAACGACAACACAAGAGCAAAUUUUUUCCGAGGAUCCGCAUAUUUGCACUUCAUACGCGAGGCUUUUUUUGAGGAAGUCCGGAUCAAAUUCUACCCUCCCCAAGCUGAGAGCGGGCACCAGGUCCUCCCCAUAUGCAACAAAAUGACGCGGCAGUGGUUCUCCGACGUUCUAUUCUCCUGGGCGCAGAUCACAGACUGGGCCACUUGGUCUAAAAAGCCUGAUAUUGAUCCUAUCAUCCGAUCACUUUACGGUUCUUUUCCGGACCAGAAAACUGAAAUUCUGGAUGAUGCGGCAAUGAAGCUGGAGGCCAAAAGCAGCGGAAAUGAUUAUGCUCCGAUGGUGGAGACUGAUGAGGACAGUUGGCGCAGGUGCCUGGGGGUUGCCCUGGAACUGUUUGAGGCGAAUCUCAAAAAAGCCACAGCUGAGGCUGCUCUGCCUACACCCACACCUCUCAAUGUGCCUGUUCCCGGAUCGUCAUCCAAGCGUCCGGCCGUAUGUUUCUCAUCAGGAUACCCAUCUCCUGCACCUGUUGAAGUGAGGAACAAAAAGAAGGCCAAAACGCUACAGCCUGUUCCCAAAGAUGCCGGCUCCAAGCCGCCUCCUACUCGAACUUACGGCCGGGACAAGGGCAAAGGCAAGGCCACAGAGUCUACCAUGCCAUCAGGAUCUGGGACGCAGCAUACUCAAAUUUCCAGCCGAGACAAGGGCAAAGGCAAGGCCACAGAGUCUGCCAUGCCAUCAGGAUCUGGGACGCAGCAUACUCAAAUUUCCAGCCGGGACAAGGGCAAAGGCAAGGCCACAGAGUCUGCCAUGCCAUCAGGAUCUGGGACGCAGCAUUCAAUCCAUGACGCCUUGGGCCACAUGAACAUUUCACCAUCCACACCUGGUGAGGUGACUCUAUUGUUGAAAAACUGGGAUGAAGUGUUAACAACUUACUGCAUGCAUGGUUGGACCUUAGCCGAACAAGGUGCUGAGAUUGAUGAGGAAACCCGGCAGGGAGAAGAAAGUUGGAAAAGAUUUGUGAGCAGGGCGCCAACCAAGCCCUCUUAA